AUGAAUCUCUGUCACACCCACUGCAACACCCUCUGUCACGCCCCACUGCAACACCCUCUGUCAACCUCACCGCCACACUCCUCUGUCAACGCCUGCCACUGCAACACACCUCUGUUACACCCACUGCACACCUUCUGUUACACCCACUGCUACACCCUCUGUCAACGCCCACUGCUACCACCUCUGUUACACCCACUGCACACCCUGUCUCACCUACACCGCUACACCCUCCGUCAACGCCACUGCCACACCCUCUGUCAACGCCCCACUGCAACACCCUCUGUUACACCUCCGUCUGCUACACCCCUCUGCGCCGCACACCCACCGCUACACAUCCUCUGUCAACGCCCACUGCUACAAACUCUGUUAACGCACCCACCGCAACACACCUCUGUCACCCACUGCUACACCACUGCGCCACCCACCGCUACACCCUCUGUCAACGCCACUGCCACACCCUCUGCCACACCCACUGCAACACCACCCUCUGUUACACCCACUGCCACACCCUCUGUCAACGCCACUGCUACACCCUCUGUUUCGCCCCACUGCUACACCCUCUGUCACCCACUGCCACACCUACACCCUCUGUCAACGCCCCACUGCUACACCUCUGUCAACGCCCACUGCUACAAACUCUGUUACACCCACUGCAACACCUCUGUCAAUGCCCACUGCCACACCCUCUGUCAACGCCACUGCUACACCCUCUGUUCUUCCACCCACUGCUACACCUCUGUCAACGCCCACUGCUACACCCUCUGUCAACGCCACUCACACCACCGCUACACCCCUCUGUCACCUUACACCACUACACCCUCUGUCAACGCCCACUGCUACACCCUCUGUCAACGCCCCACUGCAACACCCUCUGUCGCCACUGCUACACCCUUCUGUUACACCACAUCGCUACACCCUCUGUCAACGCCCACUGCUACACCCUCUGUCAACGCCCACUGCCACCCUCUGCAACACCCUCUGCUACAAACUCUGUUUCACCCACUGCUACACCUCUGUCAACGCCCCACGCUACACCCUCCAUGCCUACUGCUACACCCUGUUACACCCACUGCAAAAACUCUGUUACACCCACUGCUACACCCUCUGUCAACGCCCACUGCUACACCCUCUGUCAACGCCACUGCUACACCUCUGUCAACGCUUCACUGCUAA